AUGGCGGGCGGCGCUGUCGCCGACAGGGCGAACCUUGUCCAGCGCGACUACGAGGCGCGGGCGGCGGCGCUCGAUGCCAAGCCGCACGUGCAGGCAUGGAACAACGGCUCGAGGGACGCCGUUUCCUCCGUGCUGCGCUCGUUUGGCACCGUGCGCAGCCUCGUUGUCGGGGCCUACGCGGAGGCGUCGGACGACCUGCACCAGCUGUUCGACUGUGUGGUGGAUUCGGCAUCCAAGGACCAAGCAGCACUGGAGGCGGAUCGGCGCGCGUAG